ACGAGGCAGUUAGUGUGUUCUACACAGUUCCCGAACGCGCGUCAUGGCCAAAGCGGCCUCCCAGGGUGGUCCAACUUACCCCCUCAUCAUCAUCGCUAAAACCAGCAGCCACUACUCUAACUACUGAACAGAGAUCCAACGAAAACAACAACAACAGCAACAACUACUACUGCUUGAAUCCUUAUGACAAAACAGUACCCCAAGGUGUGUGGUGUGUAGUGUGCUGCGGUGUUCAACGAACCUCCCUCCCGCCCGGGUGUGUGUGGAGGUGGAACGAAGUGGUGAGAAUUCCUGGAAGAAGGUUUUAAAAAUAGCUGGUGAUUAGGAUCUCGGAGCCAGACGUACCCCAGACCGCCAAUCCGCCGGAUCAAGACUUUCCGGAAUUCCACCGACAGUGUUGCACAACUUUCGGAUGAUAGUGUUCGGAACAUUCGCGGGGAAGGAUUGUUCGUCGUUGAAUCGGUGGGUGACAGUGUUGUGAGAGUGUGAUACAGCGAAUCAGAAGAGGGAGAGAGGGAGAAAAGGAAAGAAAGAAAAAACGGAAAAGUGAAAAAACAACUCUAAGAUAGCCGGAGUAUAACGAGAGUUAUUCCUUUUUCCUUCUGACCGUCGAUUUAGGCACUGUGAGUAAGUGAUCCGGCCGAGAUUAUCGGCGUUGUUUUUCUUUCGGAAAGAAUCGAACCCAAAAAAAGAAGAAAAGUUAAGUGAAGUUUUUUCGUUGGAAAGUUUUACACUCAUACACAAACAGCCAAUCCUGAGAGAAACCCGGUGUCUAUUUUUAUACACUAACAAAUUUUUUCCCCUGGCAAGGUGCAAACAGAAAACAAAGGGAAAUUAAAUAAAGUUAGAGUGAAACGACAAGUGAAAAUUCAAUGGAAAUUGUGCGAAAAAUUUAUGAUACGACCGACCGACCGACCGAGCUGAGCGGAAUUCGAUGAGAUCAUUCCAGACCAACGGAAGGACCUUCGAUUUCAUGAGCUAGAAAAGUCUAGGUAGAGCAUAUAAAACACGGGAUAACAAUUUCAUAAUCGAUAUCGGAAAAGGACUGUGAGCAAAAGCGACAAGGAUUCACACGAGUGCGCUAAAAAUAGACCUUCGUUGGUUGGUUGGCGUGUGACUCUCAGUAGUAGUUAUACAGGUGUUCGGUAGUGUGGGGCAAAAAUUUAACGCAAGAAGGUUGAAACGAGAAAAAAAAACACCGCAGUAACUUGGUAAGCUUUGACUUCUAGGUGUAGCACAGUAACUGUCCGGUUUUUUGGGAUUUGAACCUGUUGAUUGACUUGUUACGUGUGCGUGUGGUGCUCGGUGGUUUACCCGUUGUCCGUUCGGCGCACACGCAAGGUCACUCGGGUGUGUGCGUGUGUGUGCGUUCGGCUUUUCGCAAUUUUCGCUCAAACCAUCCCCCGAAAAAACCAAGCCCCGUUCAAAUUUUCGCCCACGCGACGACCUUUGAACCGACUAAAAACUGUACAUAGAAUUAUCAGGAAGAUGUUCCGCGAGAUCCUGCCUAUCCUGGCCUACAUGAGUGUGCUAUCGAGCACGUACUCACUACACAUGGCACGCGAUGCCUACAUCAAGGCUCCACCGCCACCGCCUCCGGCUGCCGCCCAGUUGCUAGAGGAACUGGACGACAUGUCCGAACUACUGUCCGAGAACAGUAUCCCUGCCGGGCCUCCGCCGUUGCACUCCAAAUCCCACCAUCACAGUGCGAUGCAGCAACAGCAGCAGCAACUUUCACCGCAGCAGCACACGAUCGGCGGCGUUUCCGCCGGAGGUCCCCACGGGGUCGUAAUCAAUCAUCUAACCAGUAAUGAACUGCCCGAACUCAGUCCACCGCCGGUACACCAUCCGGUUGGUCCACUGGUUCAACCUCGCGGUCUGCAGGAACUUUUCGGAGUCCAGACCAACUUCGAUAUGCGCAAUGUUCGCCAGCAAUCGACGCUGCAGCAGCAAACUUCCGACGCGGAAGGUAACCAAAUUGACAUGACCAGUGACGAGGAACUACGGCUUAACCCGAACAACAUCAACAAUAACAACAACAAACGAUCAUCUCACAGCAGCAGCAAUGUCGGAACAUCACAAGGCAGCUCCUUGGAUGGCGGUGGUGGUGGUGGACAAAUGGGUGAUGGUUCCAGCAGUAGCAGCGGCAGCAGCAACGGUGGUGGCAGUAAUGGCGGCCUACCAACCAUCCCCCAUGGUAUGGCCAGCCAGCUGAUGCUGCGCAGUGCACGCGGUCAGCGGCAGUACGAUGUUCCACAGAUCGAAUGUCCACCCGCGAUGGACGGGAUGGAACGGUUCGCCUGUCCGACGCCUGACCGGCAGGGUCGCUAUCGGUGUAUAGACGACCACGUGCUCUGCGACGGUUUCAUCGACUGCCCCGAGGGCGAAGACGAGGACCGGCAAGCGUGUAUGUUCUACAAAACGACGAAAGCACAUCUGGAUGUGUUAGCCGACGCCUUAUUGCGAUGGGCACGAGGACGUUAGGCUGUAUAAAUAGAAAACAAAACAAAAAAAAACACAACACACAGACGGACAAACCAACCAACAAACAAACAAACAAAAACAACUAACCGUAGAGACAAAACACUAUUUUUAAGAGGAAAGCAACUAACUCAACUGACAACUAGGGACGACAAGUGACAUCGGUUGAGAGAAGUAUCCGGAUAGAGCGCGGAGAAUCUGGAUGGAAAGCUGUACAUAGAGAACAAAACAAUUCAAAUAGAUAAAAAAGUAUAUAUAUUUAUUAAGGACACUCGCAGCAGCGCAGAGAAUGGCAGCAGCAGAAGCAGCAACAACCGAUACGACAAGGACUGUGGAUUAGAAAUCCAUCAGUGAGUAACCGAAAACCCCACAACAAAGAGACAAAACCAAGAGUGAUGCGAAAUAUUGACCAUCCCUACCUGUCAGCUAGUGACAGAUUAACAUUAAGUGAGUGAAGAAGAGAGAGAGAGAGACAGUAAACUGACGAACCGUGCAGUGCCGCGCAUAUACGCUGGCGAUACGAAACACUCUAAAGUGUGAACAACUGUAAGUACAUUAAAGUGUAUCAAAAGAAAGCAAAACAAAGUAUGUGUAUUUUUCUAUUAAUUUCGAAAAAGUUAUCAGUCACAUGGAUACCUAACCUAAGCUGAGCGAGAGCGAGACAAAUGCUAAAAGCACUCGCCAGGCGACGAAACACGAAACGAUCAAAAACGAUAUUUUCCCACUUGUUCGGUUUUAAGAGACUUUGCUCCGAUCGAAAUAGUGUUCAUGAUGCGUGCCGGGGUGACAGCAUUCUGCAGCCCUGAUCUCACUGGUUUGUUUUGUUUUCACACUUAACAAACGAAAAACAAAAAUAAAAACGAACUUUUACUAUACCAUCUGUGGAAGAAACUUGUAAAAAUACUAACAUCCAAGAUCGUUCAAGUUAAUGGAAUUAAGUCAGACAAAAAAAAAUCUUGCGGAAAACUAUUCUCAUGGACAAGGCAGCUAUAUUGUAUAGAUAAGUCACAAUUUUAACAAAUCAAAUGAAUCCAAUCUUAGUGAACUUUAAAAAAGGUAACAAGUCACAUCUAAGCGAUAAGAAAAAAACACCCUUCACACUCACACAUACCAGCAACAACAGCAACACAUGUACAUACACACUCACACGCAAAACAACACUCACUCUGUCCACUCGCUAUCUUCUAGCCACCAAACUGGAGCCGCAUUAAGGUUACGUGCGUAAAGCAAACAGAUAUCGUGUCACAUUCCAAUUAUACAAUAAACAAACAACAUGUAGAACACAAGUGAGGUAGCAAAAUCAACAACUAACAUAAGCCUAGAGGCUAUUGCCACUUGCCAAACCAAACGGGGGGCCCCGUGUGUUGAAAAAAAAACAAUGGUAAUGAGAACCAAACAGAAACCAAACCAACAAACAAACAAAAAGAAAAAAAAAACAAGUCCGCGAAGAUCUUAUUUUAGUCAAAAUUUUAGUUAUUAUAUGAUUACAAAUUCUGUUCCGGCAAGCGACAGGUCGUUAUUGUAAAUAGAAUAAACCAACAAAAAAAACAGAAAACAAAGUAACUAACCCAAGCUAGCUCUCGUGUAAAAAGAUAACGUUUUAAACGCUACGCACCGUCGUGACAGAUAAACGAUAGGAAAACGAAAUCUCUAUGUUUUUCUUCGAAUGGUCUCACCUUCCGUGUCGCCUUGUCGACCAUGUUUUGUUCCACAUUUGUUUCAGUUUAGUUACACACGCACGUAAAAAGACCAUGCCUACUUUGCCAGCUGGUUCGAUUCGUCUCGAUUCAGCUGGGAUUAUUACGUGAGACGCGACCCUCGACCCGUGUAAUGUCAGUUGAUGUAAAGCUGCAACCGAACUUUUACCCUGUUGAAAACAGUGACUGAUUAAUAAAAUGGUUAAUGUUACUAGUGUGAAAGAGAAGGAAAUUUCUUGACAAAAAUCAAACCAAAAACAAAAAGAUGGAGAAUAUAUAUUUUUGAUUGUUUUAUUUUGAUGUUUCCAAGAGUAAAGGUCGAUCUGAUCAGCUGACAGAAAAGUGUAAUUUACUAAAUGAACAAUCAACUGUUAAAAGAGGGGUUUUUAAACAAAAAAAAUAUAAUUGGUUGUGGAUAGUUCAGUCAAGUUUUCCUUUCUUUCAAAAUGAAGAAAACAACACUUACUACAUGCAAAUUGAAACGAACACAUAAACCAACAAUUAAAAGGUCAAUAUUUAAAUUGAAUUUAAACAAAAGCAACACGAAAAAUAUAUAAAUGUCUAUUUGCACAAUAUAUCUUUACUUUAGAAUACAAGAGAACAGAUUCUAAUAACAAAACAAAACGCAAACCGCGCAAGACAUCAAAGAAUAAUCAGAACAAACACCUCAGAAUAAUAAAAAAACACAACAACAACAACAGCAGAGUCUCUCUUCGAUGUCAUUGUUAUAGCGUACAUAAAAACAAACAGAAGGCAAGACACUCAAAAUUGUCGAAAAGCAUUAUUCUUUUCCUCUAUCCGAGGGCUUUUGUAAGGCGUCAGCCGAUGUGCCACUAGUUGAAAGCUUAAUUUGAAUACCCACCACCUAGGUUAAUUUUUAUCAUCGUUUCAAAGUUAACAAGCGAAUGACGACAAACUGGAAUGGACGAAAAAAAAAUGAAU